AUUAAGAGAAAUCUCAAAAAUAAUGGUUGGUUAAAGGUCGCUUUGUGUAGGAGCGUCUCAAACUCUAAUUCUACCUAUACUCUCUUUCUCAUUUCUUCCUCUACAAAACCCCCCUUCUCUCUCUCCAUAACUUUCUGCAUUGUGCUUUGUGAGUUUGUGACAUACCUUUACCUUUACCUAGCUUAGCCUAUAUCUAAGCCAAUCUACAUAAAAAGCAUAUCUUAUUUUUCUCAAAAAUAAGUAUAUACUCUCCUUACCUUAUAUCCUCACAAUUGGGUCUUUGUGUACUAUACUCUUUGAUAACAAUGACAGAAUCAAACAAUUCAGAAGCUACAAGUUCAAGAACAAAUUCAUCCACUUCAUCAUCUUCAUCAUCAUCACCAUCCUCACCCUCUAGCUCAUCCAAUUCAUCAUCUAAAAAAAGACCCAAUUCCCAAUCUUUACCAAAUACUACUACUACUACUACUGCUAUUACUACCACACCCAAUAAAAAAGCCAGAGAGGUGGAUUGUAGUAGCGACGACAACAAUAACAACAACAACAACAACAAUAACAAUAAGCACGCUGUGUACCGCGGGGUACGAAUGCGCAAUUGGGGCAAAUGGGUGUCUGAAAUUCGCGAGCCGCGCAAGAAAUCGCGCAUCUGGCUUGGUACAUUCUCGACCCCAGAAAUGGCCGCACGUGCACACGAUGUUGCAGCUUUGAGCAUUAAAGGUAGCUCUGCUGUGCUGAACUUUCCUGACCUCGCUGAUGUGCUACCUCGUCCUGUUUCACUUUUGCCGCGUGACAUUCAAGCCGCUGCAGCUAAAGCAGCAGCCAUGGUGGACCUUGAUAACAACAACAACAACAAUAAUAAUUCAGAACCAUCAUCUUCAUUAACAACUACAACAACAACAGCAACAACAUGUACAGCUUCUGAGUCCGAGGAGCUGGGUGAGAUUGUGGAGUUGCCAAAUAUAGAAGGGAGCUUUGAGUUGGGCUUGGCCGAGUCACGGACCGAGCUCUUGCUGCUUGACUCGGUUGAUGGUUCUUCAUGGGUGUAUGAGUAUGAGCAACCCUUUGGUUUUUGUGAUCAGAUAUUGGCUUUGGAGGGUUUGAUUCCUUGCAACUUUUAAGGUUUAGUGUGGGAUUAAUCACUAAUUAAAUUGGUGUGUAUUUUUAUUUUCACUACAUUUCUUCUCUCUCUUUUUUCUUAUUUAGUAGUACUAAUUACUACUACUUUUUCUAACUGGUUCUCUCUAUUGUAAUAUAAUUAAUUCUCACACAAUUGAAGAGUCCUGUUUUUCUU